AUGGCGAAGAGAAUUGCACCGCGGCUUUAUGCAUCCUUACCACAUUCCAUUUACACUCUGUCCACUUACUACUCUCGAUUGACACCAUAUUCAUGGACCUUGAUGGGUCUGAACGGUGACCACACGACGACCAACAGGCUCGUUGUCGCGGCGCUGAAUGCUGAACCGACUCACGGAGCCGCGAACCAAGCGAUUCAUGGGUCAAAAAUGGCCGGCGACCCGGAUGCGCUCCUCGGCACUUUCACAUUCAUCGACAAUUUGUCGACGGGCGAUGGUUUUGAGCGGAGAACACCAAUUUUGUUGUUGGACAACUAG